UGUCACCUGAUCUCUGUCCCUUUCCCCCUCCCUCACCCCGCCGGCUCUCGAUCUCGCACGGCCACCGGAACCGCCGUAUUCCUCACCCCUCGCCGCAUCUCGCCGCCGCCAUCUCCUCAUCGCCUCACCCUCGGCCCACGCACACUCCUCGCCCCAACACGCCGCGGCCUCCCCGCUCUACCACGCCGCCUCUGCGGCCAUAUAUCUCGUGGGAAAAGGGGGGCAGGGAAGGUGCGGGCGGACUGGCUUCGCCGGCUUCACAUCUGACGUGUUCUGCUGCUUCUGCGCUGCUGGUACCUCGUCGCCGAACCAGCGCUUUGUCACACGUGCUUCUUUCAGUCACACGCACUCCAUAUCUCUCCAUCUAUCUGUGUCCUCGUGAGUGGGAACUGCCUGUUGGACCGGCUCCUCGACGAGCAGGUUAUAUUCUGGUGUGGACGAUUUGGAGCAAUAUCUGUGUUCCCUUGGAGGAGCUUCCUAUGCUGCCUUCCUGGGAUGAAAGGCGGUGUUCUGCAUAGGCUUCUAGUCAACAAGCUAUGCCUUGGCCUUCUGGUUCUCCUUAUUGUGCCGAUUAUUCUUUUGUUACUGGGCACAACGUCAGAGCAACUGAAAGUUUUUUCCCAAGGUUUCCUACAGCAGCAGGGACUGCAACAUCUUGGAGAUAAUGUAUCAGCUCUAGUUGGGCCUGCAAGUCCAGCUUAUAACAACCACACUCACACAAGUAUAACCAGACGGAACAAAGACUGUAAUUAUGCUAAGGGAAAGUGGGUAGCAGAUGAAAAACGACCACUCUAUUCCGGUAACGAGUGCAAGCAAUGGCUGUCAAAAAUGUGGGCUUGUCAAAUGAUGCAACGCACAGAUUUCUUCUAUGAGAGUUACCGGUGGCAGCCACAUGGCUGUGAGAUGCCUGAAUUUUCAGGGCCAAACUUUUUGAAAAGGAUGAGGCAUAGAACUCUUGCUUUUGUGGGUGAUUCGCUCGGUAGGCAGCAAUUCCAGUCCAUGAUGUGUAUGGCGACAGGUGGUAAAUACAGCCCUGAGGUCGAAGAUGUUGGAUGGAAAUACGGCCUUGUCAAAGCUCCAGGUGCUUUAAGACCUGAUGGGUGGGCUUAUCGAUUUCCAGGGACAAACACCACUAUCCUUUACUACUGGUCUGCUAGUCUAUCUGAACUGGAACCUCUGAACACAACAAAUCCAGUGACUAGCUAUGCAUUGCAUCUUGACCGGCCAGUAACAUUCCUGAAGAAGUACCUCCCCAGUUUUGACGUUCUAGUACUGAACACAGGCCAUCACUGGAACAGAGGGAAAUUCAAUGGAAACCACUGGGAGAUGUAUGCUGAUGGGAAGCCUGUAGGGGAAGGCAGACUCGCAGACCUCAACCGUGCGAAGAAUCUCACGCUUUACAGCAUUGCCAGAUGGGUGGAUUCAGAACUCGCAAGCCGUCCUCACCUGAAGGCGUUCCUGAGGACGAUGUCGCCGAGGCAUUUUGUAAAUGGUGACUGGAACACUGGGGGCAGUUGUGGUAAUGCUAUCCCCUUUUCUAAUGGAAGCGAGGUCUUGCAGGACCAUUCGAGCGACUUGCCUGCGGAGCGUGCUGUAAACGGAACUCGUGUUAAGCUUCUGGAUAUUACUGCCAUCUCGCAGCUACGGGACGAGGGGCAUAUGUCGAAUCGUACCCUGAGAGCUCCGACGGGCAUUAAUGACUGCUUGCACUGGUGCCUUCCUGGCAUACCAGAUAUGUGGAAUGAGGUCCUCUUUGCACAGAUUUAGCACAUAUACUGGGCAUUUUUUUUCUCAAAAAAAAACGGGUAAGGGCAAUUUUCUUCCAGAGCCCCCAAGGAUCUGGUCUCUACAGGGUGAAGUGCUUUCUACCAGUAUUACGGAUUUUUGUCAGGCCAUGCCUAGGCGUUUUGACAGUGCCAGGAUGACAGCCUUAUUUCCAGAGUCCGAAUUGCAGCUUCCUCCGAGGCCAGAUACGGAGUUAGCUGCUGCUGCUGCGGAGCCAUUCCCCAGGCACGUCGAUUCUUUUUCAUUUUCUUUACUGUAAAAUGCUACUCCAUAUAUACUCCCCAGUUUACCCGUGUGCAGAAGCAUAUAUUCCGUAGAGAUGUUCAUACAAGUAGAACAAAGCGCCAUAUGCUCUUUUAGAUU